CAGCGUGGCAAUCUCGAGAUUUGGAGAAAGAUUGAGGUCAAAAAGAGAAGAACCUGUCAUAUUCUCUUCUUCUCAUCUCAAUCUCAUCUUUGUUCUCUUCACUUUAUCUUUUUAUUUUCGGACUUGUGCACUUUAUUUUUGUUUUCUUUAUGUUUUUCUUUUAAUUAUUUUUCUCUCUUUCUCUCACUCUUAUUUUGACCGUUGCUUUUUCUCAACGGCUCUCUUUCUCUCUCUUCACUCUCACUGUGAUCAAGCGCUCACACUCUCUCCCUUCCAUUCCAUUUUCUUAUACUCGGCCGUUUUUCCCGGUACGUUUCUUCCUCCGUUGUCUUCCGCUCACCCCAUUUUUUUUACUGCAUUUCACACAUAAAAUAAUCUUUGUUCACUGCAGAUUUUAUUUGAUUUUGUUUUUUUCUCAUUAUUUGCUUUUUACCUACUUCUCCCAUCUCAUUUCAACCAUGUCAGAAAUUUUAUUAAGCAUUACAAAUUAAUCUCUCUCUCUCUCUCUCUCUCUCUCUCUCUCUCUCUCUCUCUCUCUCUCUCUCUCUCUCUUUUCUAAUAUUGAAGGAAUAAAAUGGAUUUUGUUUUGGUUUAUUUUAAUGCAAGCCAAAUGUGUUUUUUAAGUUUCUUAAGAUUGUCUUCUUCUGGCUGACUGGCUCACUUGGUUGCUCUGUUUUUUUCCCCUUCUUCGUCUGAUGCUUAUGAGUGCUUUUAUUAUAUUUUAUUUUUAUGUCAGGUAGGCAGUAAAUAAAUAUGGAUUUCUUUCUUCUUCUCUUUUAUAUGAAUUUUCAUGUUUUUCUUUUCGUCUUCUCUUUGAUAUGAAUUGUCUCUUCCUUCUUGUGAACUUAUUAUAUACAAUUUCCCAGUUUUCCUAACCUUAAAAUGGGUUUGUGAAAAAUUAGUUUCAUUCCUUUUUUUUUCUUUGAUAACGUGUUGUAUAACAUUUUUUUAUCAGAAAUAUAAUUUCCCCUCCAACCUUUAAAUUUAAAUGUUUAAUUUUAUUUUAUUUUUCUUGAGAAAUUUGUUAAAAAUCCCAUAUUUUUCCAAUUAUGUGUUCAUUGUUAGAUUUACCAUAUCUUUGAUCUCACACUUGUAGUUAUUCUUUUCCUUUCUUUUGUUUAAAACUUUUAUUUCUUUUCCCAUGUUCUCUCUUACUACUUUAAAAGAUACAGGAUAUCAAUAAUAAUUUUUUACAUAUUAAUAUUUAGUUAUUCUUUACACUUUUAUGAAUGUUCAUUAAUAUAUCUAUUAUUUUUUUUAUAUUCUCUGUCCAAAAUAAUUAUAUAUAGUAUUAUUAUUUAUAUGUGUGUGGUAAAUAACACUAAACAAGUAUCACCUUUUCUUGGUUUAGGGAGGUGGAGUUAUACCUUAUUCUAAAGUUUAUGCUUUUAUUCUAUCUUUUCUUCUUUUUUUUUUUUUUAUUUAUUUAUUUUUAUUUUUUUUGCCAUUUUCCUUUACAAGUUGUUGAAUUCUUGCCUUGUUAGCGUUUGGCCAAUAGAGAGAGACCAAUGCAAAGUAUCUACAAAAAUUUGUAUGUGAACAAGAAGAUGUUCCCUCUAAUAACGUCUCUAUUUGACUUCUUUUGAAAGAAAAGCACCUCCAAAAAAAAAUUAAUACACCAUUUUCUUGGCUAAAAAUCUAGAAAAAAUGGUGGGAUUGAGCCAUUUGUUUUUUAAAAAAAUUGUUAAUUAAACUUUAGUUUCUUAAGAGUCUCUUUAUUGCUUCCUUUCAUAUUUUCUUCUUUGUUAACUAAUUUAAGACCUGUUUCUUUCUUCUUUCUUAAUCCAGCUUCUUCACUAUAUCCUUAUGAAUCUGGACAGAAAUACAAAAGAAUACCCUUGUGAAUUUGGUUUUGAUUUGAGCCUGAAAAAUUCAUAGUCUGAAUAAAAAAGGAGAAUUUUUGGGAAGAAUAGAGAGAGAUAAUGGGAUGUUCUACAUCAAAGUUGGAAGAUGAAGAAGCAGUUCAACUCUGUAAAGAUAGAAAGAGAUUCAUUAAACAAGCUGUUGAGCAAAGAGCAAAGUUUGCCUCAGGACACUUGGCUUAUAUUCAAUCUUUGAAAAGAGUUUCAGCUGCUCUACGUGAUUAUAUUGAAGGAGAACAUAAUGAGCCUCAUGAUUUCUUAUUAGACUCCUUUAUAGCCCCACCUUUCACACCAGUUAAGAAAACUAGUCCUGGUUUUAUAUCGAUUUCUCCAAAAUCUUUUGUCCCAGCUCAAAUCCAGUCCCAUCCCAGUUCAACUAUCAAAGUUAACUACCUAAGAUCAGGUGGUAACAGAGCUGUUUCUGUUGAAGAAAGGCCUCAAACACCGGAAAGAGUUCGAGUGGAAAGCUACCCUCCAAUGGAGCAGCAAUACGGUUUUGAUGGUUAUUUCCCAAUGCAAUCUUCUUCAUCAAUGAAUCCUUCUUCAAGUUUUUCUUACUCACCAAACAGGUCUAUUAAUCUUCCCCCUCGUUCACCAAGGCCUAGUUACCUAAGAUCAGGUGGGAACAGAGCUGUUUCUGUUGAAGAAAUGUCUCAAUCACCUGGAAGAGUUCGAGUGGAAAGUUAUCCUCCAAUGGAACAAUAUGGUUUUGAUGGUUUUUUCUCAAUGCAAUCUUCUUCACCAAUGAAUCCUUCAAUUUUUUCUUUCUCACCAAAUAGGCCUAGUAAUCUCCCCCCUAAUUCGCCCCAAAAUUCUCAAUGGGAUUUUUUCUGGAAUCCCUUUUCAUCGUUAGACUACUAUGGCUAUCCAAAUAGAGCUAGUCUAGAUCAGCAGCAUACAAUUGUGGAUGAUGACAUAAGAGGACUAAGGCAGCUCCGAGAAGAAGAAGGUAUUCCCGACUUAGAAGACGAUGAUAUUGAACAAAAAGAACCUGAACAAAAUGCAAAUGUGAUAGAUGAAAGAACCAAAUCUAAUAUGAAUCGAAACAUAGAAGAUGAAGUCAUUGUUGAAGAUGUUGAUGAGAAUGAAGAAGAUGAUGAUGAUGAAGAGGAAGAAUCUGAGUGUGAGUGUGAUUGUGAUUGUGAGAGUGAAAUUAGAGCACAGAACCCACAACAUGGGAGAACAACUACCAUAGAGGUUUCAAGGUCUCAAACUGCAAGACAAGUAGUUGAAACCAGUAAUCAAGAAGUGGCUGGUGGUGGUAGAGAACGUAAAGAUGAGACACCGGGUUUUACUGUUUAUGUAAACCGGAGGCCUACAAGCAUGGCAGAGGUAAUCAAGGAGCUAGAAGAUCAGUUCAUGGUUGUUUGCAGUGCAGCUAAUGAGGUAUCAUCAAUGUUAGAGGCUAACAAAGCUCAGUACUCAUCAUCCUCCAACGAACUCACAGUGAAGAAAAUUUUAAACCCAGUAGCACUGAUUCGGUCAGCUUCAUCUCGGUCAUCUUCCUCAAGAUUCAUAGCGAAUUCUUCAAGCUCCUCUAGAGAGGAAACUGAAGAGAGCAGUAGCAGUGAUUUCUCAGAGGAAUGCAUGUUUUCAGGGAGUCACCAAUCAACAUUGGACAGACUAUAUGCUUGGGAAAAGAAACUGUUCGAUGAAGUCAAGUCUGGAGAAAAGGUUCGAAUAGCAUAUGAGAAGAAAUGUAAUCAAUUGAGAAACCAAGAUGUGAAAGGAGAUGAUCCUUCUUCAGUGGAUAAAACAAGAGCAAUUAUUAGAGAUCUUCAUACUCAGAUUAAGGUUUCAAUACACUCGGUUGAAGCUAUUUCCAAAAGGAUUGAAACUUUGAGAGAUGAAGAAUUGCAGCCUCAACUUCUAGAAUUGGUAAAAGGGUUAUCAAGAAUGUGGAAAGUAAUGGCUGAGUGUCAUCAGUCACAAAAGCGGACAUUAGACGAAGCCAAACUCUUGCUAGCAGGAACACCAUCAAAACUUGAUUCGAGGAAGCACUCUUUCAUGUCGGUUUCUGACCCUCAAAGGGUAGCUCGUUCAGCUGCCAACCUUGAAUCAGAACUUAGGAACUGGCAAGGAUGCUUUGAGUCAUGGAUCGCUUCUCAGCGAUCCUACGUGCAUGCUCUCUCAGGCUGGCUCCUUAGGUGUGUACGAUCAGACCCUGACACCUCGAAGAUCCCCUUCUCGCCACGCCGCUCAGCUGGAGCCCUUCCCAUAUUUGGACUAUGCAUACAAUGGUCGAGGUCCAUGGACGCUUCCAGGGAAGCUCCUGUACUGGAUGGCCUUGAUUUCUUUGCUGCUGGGAUGGGAUCACUUUACGCUCAGCAGCAACAAAGAGAAGAUUCCUCACGACGUGUACAUCUUGGCUCCAAGAGAUUUUCUGAGGAAAUUAUCACAGGGAACAAUAUGGAGGUUGUGGAGAUCGGAGGUGGGGAGGUGGAAGAUGUCAUGACUGCAGAGAAAAUGGCUGAGGUUGCCAUAAGGGUGCUUUGUGCUGGGAUGUCAGUUGCCAUGAGCUCACUAAGUGAGUUUUCUAAUGGUUCUGCCAAGGCCUAUGCUGAGCUCAUCAACCAAUGGGAGACCGCCCAGUGGCCACCUCAAAAUCUACAAGGCAGGGUUGGAGUGUAGUAGUAUUUUUUGGGGGGUGUAAAAAAAUUUAACUUAUUUACAGAAGGUAGUAGGUGAUGAGUUUUUAGCCAGCAGCACCUUUUUUAUUUAACUAAAGAGGGGGUAGUAGCUUAGAAUUUUUUUCUUCUUUUUCUUUUCAGGGGGUGGGGGCGUUGUUUUUUGGCUGAUGAUAAUGAUAAUCGGCAAAUAGAAUAGGGGAUUAGAAGACAUUGAAAGUACAACUGUAUGAUGUUGGAAAAUGUUGUAAACAGAAAAAGAGAACAAAUUUUCGUAAUUGUUUCAAUAUGCAACUUAA